UUGAAAAUGCAGGCAGCGGAAGAAAAAUAAAUAGGCGAAAUAAAGAAACGAAAGUAGCCGUUACCCACACACACUCCUCUCCUUCUCUCUCUUUCUCUACUGUUUCAACAUCCUCUUUCUUCACUUCCUUGCAUUCUUCCAUUUCCGUCUCCCUACGGCCUCCUCCGGCCGUGCCCGCCCCUGGCCUUCAACGUCUCUCUCGUCCUCUUUCUCUCUCUGAAGGGCUCGGAUUGAAAUAGGAUAGUAGUAAAUGAAGAUGAUGGUUGGGACACCAGCCACUCCAUUCUCUAAGAUACAGAGGACCCCGUUGUCUACUCCGGGUGGUCCAAAAGUUUGUGAGGAGAAGAUACGUGUCACAGUUCGAGUGAGGCCACUGAACCGGAAAGAACAAGCAAUGUAUGAUCUCAUUGCUUGGGAUUGCACAGAUGAAAACACCAUUGUUUUCAAGAACCCAAAUCAUGAGCGACCAACAGCCCCAUACACCUUUGAUAAAGUUUUUGGUCCAACCUGCUCCAAUUUGAUGGUGUAUGAAGAAGGAGCUAAGGAUGUUGCUCUAUCUGUACUAACUGGAAUUAAUGCGACAAUUUUUGCAUAUGGUCAGACUAGUAGUGGUAAGACAUUUACCAUGAGAGGAAUAACUGACAAUGCUGUAAAGGACAUUUAUGAACAUAUCAAGAAUACUACAGAGAGGGAUAUUGUUUUGAAACUAUCAGCUUUGGAGAUCUAUAAUGAGACUGUUGUGGACCUCUUAAAUCGUGAAUCUGGCUCCCUUCGGCUUCUGGAUGAUCCUGAGAAAGGGACAAUUGUGGAAAAAUUAGUCGAGGAGGUUGUUAAGGAUAGUCAGCAUCUAAGACACUUGAUCUGUAUUUGUGAAGCUCAAAGGCAAGUAGGAGAAACUGCUUUGAACGACAAAAGCUCGAGAUCACAUCAGAUAAUCAGGCUGACCAUAGAGAGUAGUCUCCGAGACAAUUCAGGGUGUGUGAAAUCUUUCAUAGCAAGUCUGAAUCUUGUGGACCUUGCUGGAAGUGAGCGUGCCUCCCAAACAAAUGCAGAUGGAACAAGAUUGAAAGAAGGCAGUCACAUUAACCGCAGCUUGUUAACACUCACAACAGUGAUUAGAAAGCUAAGUGGUGGAAAAAGGAUCGAUCAUAUACCAUACAGAGAUUCAAAACUUACACGAAUAUUACGGCCUUCACUUGGAGGAAAUGCUCGAACAGCAAUAAUAUGCACUGUGAGUCCAGGAUUAAGUCAUGUAGAGCAAUCAAGGAACACGCUCUCAUUUGCAACUAGUGCAAAGGAAGUUACCAACACUGCUCAAAUAAACAUGGUUGUACCAGACAAGAAAUUAGUAAAGCAUUUACAAAAGGAGGUUGCCCGACUUGAAGCUGAGCUACGAAGUCCAGAACCUUCUUCCUCUGCAUGUAUAAGAACUUUACUGAUGGAGAAGGACUUGAAAAUCCAGCAGAUGGAGAAGGAUAUGAAAGAGUUGAAGCGCCAACGAGACUAUGCUCAAUCCCAACUUGAAGUAGAAAGAAAGUCACGGAAAGAGCACGAGGGUUCUCAUCAAGUAGUCAAGUGUCUUUCCUUUCCGGACGAAAAUGAAUCAUUUUCAGGUAGACCUACUCCAAAGACUAGGCGAAAAGUUGCAGUUGGGAGGCCAGCAAUGGUGAGGCAGUCAGCUACCUCCACAGAUCCAUCCAUGCUUGUGCAUGAAAUCCGAAAGCUUGAGCUGCAGCAGAGGCAGCUUGGCGAAGAAGCAAAUCGAGCACUUGAAGUUCUUCACAAGGAGGUUGUUUCUCACAGACUAGGGAGUCAAGAUGCUGUUGUAUCCAUAGCUAAAAUGUUAUCAGAAAUAAAGGACAUGCAAGUAGUUAGGUCCAUUCCAGAAGAUAUCAUGCUUCAAGACAAGGCCAACUUGAAAGAAGAGAUCACUCGUUUGAACUCUCAAGGAAGCACUAUUGAAUCUCUAGAAAGGAAGCUUGAGAAUGUUCAGAAAUCAAUAGACAAACUAGUGUUUUCUUUUCCUAGCACUGAGAAGACUCCAGAACCCAAGGCCCAAUCGAAGAAGAAGAAAGUCCAUCCAUUUGCCUUGAGCAACAAUGGGACCAUGCCAAACUUAAUACGCUCCCCGUGCUCACCUAUGUCCUCUCGAAAGGUAAUGGAAUGUGAGGUUGAAAACAGGGCACCAGAGCAUAAUAAUAUUGUGUCUGGAGGUGGUGAUGCAUUACCUGGUCUGUAUAAAGCUACCUCACCAAGGAGUGAUCAAAGUGGCAACUGUAUCUCAAGGGAGGGCACUCCUGUCUCACAGAGAUCGAAUUCAGUUAAUGUGAAGAAAAUGCAAAGAAUGUUCAAGAAUGCAGCUGAGGAGAACAUACAGAGCAUUAGAGCUUAUGUUACUGAGUUAAAAGAACGGGUGGCAAAGCUACAAUACCAAAAGCAGCUCUUGGUUUGCCAGGUAUUGGAGCUGGAGACAAACGAGCCUGCAACUGAGGAGACAGAUAUGAUUGAUCAUUCUCCUGUGUCAUGGCACUUGAUGUUUGAGAGCCAAAGAAAGCAAAUUAUCAUGUUAUGGUAUUUGUGCCAUGUUUCAAUCAUACAUCGUACACAGUUCUUUUUGCUAUUUAAGGGAGAUCCUGCUGAUCAGAUAUACAUGGAAGUUGAGCUUAGAAGGUUGACUUGGUUGGAGCAGCACUUGGCAGAGCUUGGCAAUGCUAGCCCAGCACUCUUGGGUGAUGAACCUGCUAGCUUUGUUUCAUCAAGCAUCAAGGCUCUUAAGCAAGAGAGAGAAUAUCUAGCCAAGAGGGUGAGUUCAAAACUAACAGAAGAAGAAAGAGAGAUGCUGUACAUAAAAUGGGAGAUACCAGCAGUAGGAAAACAGAGGAGGCUGCAGCUGGUGAACAAAUUGUGGACAGACCCUCACAACAUGGAACAUAUUAAAGAAAGUGCAGAAAUUGUUGCAAAGCUUGUUGGGUUCUGUGAAUCUGGUGAGCAUGUUUCCAAGGAGAUGUUUGAACUUAAUUUUGUUUCCCACUCUGACAGGAAGCCAUGGAUGGGCUGGAAUUUGAUAUCAAACCUCCUGCAUCUGUGACAAAUAAUUUCUUCUUGUAAUUCACUAAUUCAAUUUAUUUGUGUUCUCAUUUUCAUCA